AUGGAUAUCUACGCCUCCACUUUGUCGCCGGCGCUGGACAUCGGCGCAGGCUGCUAUCUGCUGGUUCUAACUGUGCUCUCCAUUGUGGGGAACCUGCUCGUCCUCAUCAUGGCGUUCAAAAGGUCAUCAAGGAUGAAGCCGCCGGAGCUUCUGAGUGUGAAUCUGGCAGUGACAGACCUGGGAGCAGCUGUCACCAUGUACCCCCUGGCUGUCGCCUCUGCCUGGAGCCACCACUGGCUCGGGGGGGAUGUCUCCUGUAUUUACUACGGCCUGGCAGGCUUUUUCUUCGGGGUUGCCAGCAUCAUGAACCUCACCGUCUUGGCCAUCGUGCGCUUCAUUGUGUCCCUCAAUCUGCAGUCUCCCAAGGAGAAGAUCAGUUGGAAGAAGGCAAAGAUAUUGUGCAUUUGGACGUGGCUGUAUGCUCUGAUCUGGGCCCUGUUUCCCAUUCUGGGCUGGGGUCAAUAUGGGCCGGAGCCCUUUGGCCUGUCCUGUUCGCUGGCCUGGGGACAGAUGAAACACAAGGCCUUCUCUUUUGUCAUCACGUUAUUCUUCUUCAACUUGGUCAUGCCCGGGGUCAUCAUCAUCUGCUGCUACUUUGGCAUCGCUAUGAAGCUUUACUUCACCUACAAGAAGUCAGGAAACAGCAAUCAUGUUCCCAAUAUUAUCAGACUCCAUCGGAGGCUGUUGAUAAUCGCUGUUUUAAUCAGCAUGGGUUUCAUAGCCUGCUGGACGCCCUAUAGCUUGGUAAGCCUCUGGUCCAUUUUCCACGACAGCAGCAAAAUCCCGCCCGAAGUCAGCCUGCUGCCCUGUAUGUUUGCCAAGAGCUCCACGGUGUACAACCCCAUGAUCUACUACUUCUUCAGCCAGAGCUUCAAGCGGGAGGUGAAACAGCUGCCGUGGCUCUGCCUGCGCUCUAGCCCCUGCUUCGUCUCCAACAGCGUCAACGACAACAACAUUUACAUGGUCAGCGGCAACAUCAAGAAUAAUAAAGAGGCGCCGCAAGAGACUUUGCAGGAGAUCGUGGAAUCCAGACAGUGA